AGCAGACACGACACACACACACGCACACUCAGUAUUAUAGUCAAAGCAAAGCCAUGUCAGGAACAGGACUGCCGAAAUACCUCGUCAAGUACCUUGCCGCGGAGAAGAAAUUGCUGAUGGACAAUACCGAAGAAAGCGAGAGGGAAUUAACUUUGACAUACUAUUCGAGAACCGUAGUAACCCCUGAGGAUUUGCAACGGAAGUACAGCCGCGAUGAGGUGAAGGAGCUGUGUCUGCGUGUCAAAGUAUGCGUCGACAUGACACAUCUCAACUGUUUGUGGGACGCCAAGGAGCGGUUUAAUGAGAAGAAUCGUCUGGACAAUCGUUCGGAGCGUUUCAUCAAUGCUAUGCUGGUGAAGGCGGUGGUCAGGAAAAUGGUGACCCCGUAUACGGACGAAGAUGUGGCCAACGCCAAUCUCGUAAACAGAAGCCAGCUGAAAAGGACGAACAACAUUCGACUAGAUCGUUGGAAGCGUGAGCGUGAGCGCCUAGCCCAGACGGCUAUCGAUUGCUUACAGUCUCUCCCAGGCGAGGAAAGUCCAACGUCUCCGUCGGAAUCAGAAACGGAGACUUCGUUCUUUGCGCGGCCACGUACUCCACAGUUCGAUGAUCAGGACGAUGAAGAUUGGAUGCAGGCUGGCGUUCAGAUGAACUCGGAGAGCAUGUCCCUGGUUGUCUCACAGUCACAGUCGCAGCCAGUAGCACCAAGCAGUGAGGAUUACAUUGCUUUUGGUACACAAGUGGCAGCCGCAUCCACACAGGAGGCUGACCUAUGAAUCCAGUAAUUGCGAGUUGUUUUGAUGUUAUUUAUAGUAUAUAUUUGUUGUUGCUCUGUGUGUCUGUGUGUGGGUGGAUUGUAUAAAAAACUGCAUUAAAAAACACAUUUCGAUUAAAGUCUA